CGGGCGGGCUGGGCCGCGCCGCAGCGCCGGCGGCUGAUUCGGAGGCGGCGGCGGGGGAUGGACGAGGGUACCUGCGGCGGCCAGCGGCGACGGGCGGCCCAGAUUGCAGCCUCUGUUUAAGUAUUGGGAAGGCUCUGGAUCAUCUUCAACAAGACGGACGUUGAAUGUUUAGCAUCGCCUCUUUGGAUUUUUGCAUGUGAAUUGGAACCACUUUAUUUCUAGGUUUGCUGGGAUGGGUAAUCUUCUUAAGGUCCUUACCAGGGAAAUUGAAAACUAUCCACAUUUUUUCCUGGAUUUUGAAAAUGCACAGCCCACGGAUGGAGAAAGGGAGGUCUGGAACCAGAUCAGUGCAGUUUUACAGGACUCAGAAAGCAUGCUUGCAGACCUUCAGGCUUACAAAGGAGCUGGACAAGAAAUUAGAGAUGCAAUACAAAAUCCCAAUGAUAUCCAGCUGCAAGAAAAAGCAUGGAAUUCAGUCUGUCCCCUGGUUGUAAGGCUAAAGCGCUUUUAUGAGUUUUCACUCAGAUUAGAGAAAGCCCUGCAGAGUUUACUGGAAUCCUUGACAUGCCCUCCGUACACUCCAACCCAGCACCUGGAACGGGAACAGGCUCUAGCAAAAGAGUUUGCAGAAAUCUUACAUUUUACUCUUCGUUUUGAUGAACUUAAGAUGAGAAACCCAGCAAUUCAGAAUGACUUCAGUUAUUACAGGCGGACAAUAAGUCGCAACAGAAUAAACAACAUGCAUCUAGACAUUGAGAAUGAAGUGAACAAUGAAAUGGCCAAUAGGAUGUCUUUGUUCUAUGCAGAGGCCACACCAAUGCUGAAAACCCUCAGUAAUGCAACGACACAUUUUGUAUCAGAAAACAAAACAUUACCAAUUGAAAAUACAACGGAUUGUCUAAGUACUAUGGCCAGUGUUUGUAAAGUCAUGCUGGAAACGCCAGAGUACAGGAGUAGAUUCACCAGUGAAGAGACCCUUAUGUUCUGCAUGCGAGUGAUGGUGGGAGUUAUUAUCCUGUACGAUCACGUUCAUCCUGUGGGAGCUUUCUCAAAGACAUCAAAGAUUGAUAUGAAGGGAUGCAUAAAAGUUUUAAAGGAACAACCACCUGACUCUGUGGAAGGACUUCUGAAUGCUCUCAGGUUCACUACAAAACACCUGAAUGAUGAAUCUACUUCAAAACAAAUUCGAGCUAUGCUGCAGUAGUACCCACAGACAAGUAGAUGUUUGUAUUGAUCACAGAAGAUGUGUAUGUUUACAUAAUUUAAUACAGUUUGAUGUUAAUACUUGUGUGUAUUUACAUAACCAUUUUCUUCACAUUGCUAAAAUAUAUAAAUCUGUUCAUAACCUGACUGACUUUAUAUAGUACAACCUAAGUUCUUAUUCCAGCCUUUAUCUUUUGACUUUUAAAAUACUUUUUUACUUAGAUACUUCAGUUAAGACAGUUUAUCUGUGCAUUUUAAUCCUUAAACACCUUCUCUAUCAGAGAAGUUGUAGUGAAGACAAAAUGGAAAUCAAACUGAAAUGUCAAAGGUACCACAGAUAAGGAACUUCAAAGAAGAAGAAAGUUAAUAUAAGAGAAAGCAAAAUUCAUUUGGUAUGUUUUGAAGAACAUGUGCACAGUUUUUUUGGUCAGUUUUAGGAUCUUGUCAAACUAGUAUGAAUAGGAGAAUACCUGAAUGUUCAUUACUCACAAAAUGCAUUGUCUUUCCUGUAAUAAGUGGAGAUCCACCCAAUUUUAUGGAUUAUGUGCUGUCUGGCAUCCAAAAAUGUAUUUCAAACAGGUAAUUUUACGUUUUUAAUCAAGUAUAACCUGUAUCUUUCAACAGCCUAGGAAAUUAAUGUCCUUUUUCAGAUGCAGUAUAAAUGAAGAGAAAAUAUGCUUAAAGAUCAUUGAUAGAUUUUGAAAACUCUGUAUAAUUUUAUUAGAUUUAGAAAGGAAAGGGAAAAUACUAAUGCCUUGACUUAACUGGAAAAGGUUUGUCAGUGUAAAUAUAUCACAGUGAACAUUAACUACCAGACAGCUUUAGCCAGUAAUUUUUUGGCUGAUCUAAACUAGUACACUCUUCUGUAGCAAACUUCCUGGUGUCAUAUCGGCUGCAUCAGACUAGGGAUGGUUUAAAAUUAAGAGCUGAUCUUUUCUUAGGAACUCCAUUAAGUUCCUGGUAGUGUUAUUCAUUAGAUGACUCAGAAUCAACACAGAAAUAUUUAUCAGCUGACUGCUCUUCACUGGCUUUUGAGAUGUGAUUGAUACUUCAAAAAGUUAAGUUCCUUGCUGAGUUGUUUGUUCUUACUUUCUGGUAAAUGUUCCAGUUAAUGGAAUAGAAAUACUUUGCCAAAAGCAGCAAAGUGCUCAUGCUCUGUUAUGUGUGUCUACUGGGUGGUCUGCAGUUGCUGUACAUAUUCUUGCAGAGGUCACGUUCAGAAAAUGUGUUUGAUUUUGUGUACUUUGCUUGCAUGUAUGUGUGGAAACUCCAGUGCUUGUGCACAGAUUCAGAUUUGCAUUUGCUUAUCCCCAUAUAGAUAAAUCAGGGUUUGUGUGCUUUCACUGGAAUUUUCAUGCACAUCUCUUCUAAAAACAUUACCUUAAGACUUCGAAGAUGCAUUUGGUCUGCUGGAACUCGGCUGCACUGUGACAAACUGUGUCUUUGAACUCAGUCCUUAAACAGUAUUAAUGUCACAAAUUCUCUGGAGUAGGGAUUAACUUGAGAGCUUAUUUCUGAGCAGAGCAACCCCUGUGAGGUUUCUCAGACCUGAUCAGAACCCACAGGUGCCAAUGUCAUGCAUGUCCCGAUGCUGGACAGCACCACAACUCCUGCAUUCAUGUCACAGCCCUGCAGGUGCAGCAGCCGGUUGCUAUGAUGUUGUUGGGGAGAGAGGUAGAACUCACUCACAUUAGAUCUUUUUCUUUUUCUGAAAGCAAUGACCACACUUUUUUUUUCACAGUAGCAAAUCCACUGUUUACAGGCUCCAUUUUUAAUGGGGGGACAUUUUAAAAUGUAUGUUAGGGAAAAUCCUGCUUUGUUCAUAGUCACUUCCAGUUAGGUAAAUUAGGUGGAUGACAGGCCAUUCUCUUGAGCUUUGGUAACUGAAGUUAAUAUAUGCUUACCUGCAAUUUUUUGUCAAACAAUGAAGUCUUAUCUUUAAGUAGCCCAGAGAAAAACUAUUUGUCACUUGUAUAAUAAAAAUGUAAACCUUAAAGCA